AUGUGCUAUGAGCUAAUACAUGUGAUGCAUUUUGAACAGUGCCUGGCCCAGGUUUCUGCUUGUGCCGGGGACCUGGUGCCGGCGAAGCAAGACGCUCUGCAACGCCAAGGCGUGCCCAGCCGGGCACUGCUGGCUGUUUGGAGCCUGCAAACACCUGGCAUGGUCCUUGAGGGCCCUAGAAACUUCCGUAGCGAGCCAGUGGGCUCUGGGGCUACACUGAGCUCGCCGGGCCACGAAGGACACCCGCUGCCUAGAAAAAGCCUCCGGACCUGGCGGCGCCCUCGAGAGCGCGGGCGGGCUGCCAGGCGGACUCGCAGGAGGCACGCCCCUCGCCUCCCAGCGGAACGCGGACUCUCCCGGGUGCCCAAACUCCGCCCACCUUCGCGGGGAGUCGUGCUCUCCCGCCUCCUCCCUGCACUCUGGACCGAGCAGGGCCUCGGGAAGGGGGCUCUGACUGCGCGGACUGUAAGCGGGACGCGGUCCAGAAGUGCACGGGUGUGUGGCGGCGCGCUCUCCGAUGGCCCCCAGAAGCUGAAUGCAGGGUGGGGCGGAGAAGGGAGUGCGGGGCCCCGAAGCCGAGCUACUUGCUUCCAAGGAAAUCCAGUUAAAAAUCAAUAUCUAAAGAAGCUUGGAAAGAAAAAAAGAAAAGAAAAGAAAAAACCCCAGAAGGACAGCACCAAUUCCUUUAUAGGAACCAAGAGAACAGAGGCCCCAAAGCAAGGAACCCGUGAAACCCUCUCUCUCCCCAUUACCAAAAUUACCUCCAUUACUGUAGAUUGGGGCAGAGGGUAGCAAUGAAG